CUACAUUACACUACUGUCUUAUUCAAAACACACUACUGACACUCACUCACUGCUCUUUCUCUUUCUUUUCAUUAUAUAUAUAUAUAUAUAUCUAUACGACAACAGAGCUUCUCCUUCUCUCUCUCUCUCUCUCUGUGUUCGGUGUUAAAAGAAAAGGAGUGGGGGGGAUCUCUUUCAAGUACGCAAUCGGUUGGACGGUUCGUCUUCAGAUUUGGAGUUGGUUUUAGAUAUCUGAAGUCUGGCCACAGCUGCUUAAAUUGUCAAUAUAAAGAUUAUAAACAGUCCUGGAGAUGAAUUCCAACUCUGGAUUUAGAUAACUGUACUGAAUGUGCGGUUAGAUAUGCCUGGAAUCAUCUUAUAUUUUGUUUCAGGUGGAAGACUCACUUUUCAGAUUGUUUAGAGCCAAGGAUAGAGUAGCAUCACCUUGUGAAAGAAAAGGAUGGGGAAAAUGAUCAAUAAAUCACUUCUCUUGACCUAUCUGUACUUACUAAUCUACAUUAUUCUUUCAUCUGGAGUUAUAUUGUAUAACAAGUGGGUUCUUUCUCCAAAGUACUUCAAUUUCCCGUUUCCAAUAACACUGACAAUGAUUCAUAUGGGAUUUUCUGGAGUAGUAGCAUUCUUUCUUGUUCGUGUUUUCAAGGUUGUCUCUCCUGUUAAAAUGACAUUUGAAAUAUAUGCAACAUGUGUGAUUCCCAUAAGUGCCUUCUUUGCUUCAAGUCUGUGGUUUGGUAACACUGCAUACUUGCAUAUCUCUGUAGCCUUCAUCCAGAUGCUCAAAGCCCUAAUGCCGGUGGCAACAUUUGUCAUGGCUGUUUUAUGUGGCACUGACAAAUUAAGGUGGGACGUGUUCUUGAACAUGGUGCUGGUCAGUGUUGGAGUUGUCGUUUCCUCAUAUGGGGAAAUUCAUUUUAAUGUAGUUGGCACAGUUUACCAGGUUACGGGCAUCUUUGCAGAGGCUCUGAGGCUGGUUUUGACUCAAGUCCUCCUGCAAAAGAAGGGCUUGACUCUGAAUCCAAUUACCAGCUUAUAUUACAUAGCUCCAUGCAGUUUCAUGUUUCUAUUUGUACCUUGGUUUUUCCUCGAGAAUCCCGGGAUGGAAGUUUCACAGAUCCAGUUCAAUUUCUGGAUCUUUUUCUCCAACGCUAUCUGUGCUUUAGCAUUGAACUUCUCUAUUUUCUUAGUGAUCGGUAGAACUGGAGCAGUUACCAUUCGAGUUGCUGGUGUUCUGAAAGAUUGGAUACUGAUAGCCCUUUCAACUGUUGUAUUUCCGGAGUCAACCAUUACUGGGCUGAAUAUUAUUGGCUAUGCAAUUGCACUAUGUGGUGUUGUGAUGUACAACUACUUGAAGGUGCAGGAUGUUCGCUCAUCUCAGCUUCCCGCUGAUAGCAUUCCAGAAAGAAUCACAAAGGACUGGAAGAGUGAGAAGUCCUCUGACAUACUUAGAUCAGAUAGCAGCAAUGAUAACAAUAGAGGAAGUAGUGGAGGGAAUAAUUCUGGCUCUGAUCUACUAAAUGUAGAUGAAGAGGUACCUCUAAUUCCUUUGUCAAGGUUAUCUCAUAUUGGACGAACACAGCUUAGCAGCCAUGGUGUGUAACUGUGGUGGAUCUAAUGUAGAUUAACAUCAGAGAAACUUUUCCUUGUGAGAGAGAGAGAGAGAGAGGCGCAAGUGUAUACUUAUGUCCUAUUAGAUUGUGUAGAAAUCUUUUUUUUUUAAUUUUUUUUUUUUGUGGGAAAUAACUGUCGCGCAGAAAUCUAAGGUCAAUAUUUCAUGAUAUGCUUAACAGGCUUUCUGACUGCCGGUAGUGUCUUGGAUGAACACGAUAACUAUAAUAUAUUCACGGCUUUGAUCUUGAUCUAA